AUGCGAAGCAACAAGAUGCGCUCUGGCCUCGUGGCCGCGCUUCUCUCGUGUGGCGUCGCUGCCGCCCCCCCGAACUGCUGCACAAAGACCAUCCACCGUGAUGUCGUUGUCGUCGGCGGUGGUGCUGCCGGUGCCCACGCCGGUGUCUGGCUGCGAGACCAUGGUAAGAGCGUCCUUCUCAUCGAGAAGAAUGACCGAUUGGGCGGCCACACAGCCGACUACACCGACCCGGUCACGGGCAAGGUCAUCAACGUCGGCGUCCAGGCAUGGAUGCAGUACAAGGACGCCUUCGACUUCCCGAAGCGCAUGAACGUCUCCACGUCGGGCUCCAUGCAGUUCGCCACGCUCAACUACCACUACGUCGACAUGAAGACGGGCAAGCCCGUCGAGGGCUGGGUCUCCCCCGGCCCGGACACCCUGUACCCGGCCCUGCAGCGGUACCUGACCGCGCUCGAGAAGUACGAGGACAUGGUCCUGCCGGGCUUCUUCAACUUCCCCAAGAAGGGCGCCGACAUCCCCGAGGACCUCCUCAUGCCCUUUGGCGAGUUCGCGCUCAAGUACAACAUGUCGGCCGCCGUCCCGCAGAUCUGGGACUCGACGGCCCAGGGCCUGGCCGACACCAUGCACGUGCCCGCGCUGUGGGUCUUCCAGGCCUCGGGCGUGCCCAUGGUCCGCGCGCUGCUCGGCCAGGGCGCCGCCGCCGUGCCGGCCUCGGGCCCGCUGUUCGAGCUGUUCGAGGCCGUGGCCAAGUUCCUCGGCGGCGACGUGCUCUACUCGAGCACCGUCGUCUCGGCGUCGCGGUCCCCCGGCAAGGUCACCCUGCGCGUCCGGUCCGGCUCGGGGGAGCUGACGUGCGUGCAGGCCAAGCGGCUCGUCGUGGCCAUGGAGCCGACGCCCGAGAACAUGGCGCCCUUCGCGCUCGACGACGCCGAGCGCGCCGUCUUCGACAAGAUCGAGUACUCGACCGUCUACGCCGGCAUCCUGCGCCACCCGUCCCUGAAGUCGGGCCAGGCCUACACCAACCGCUCCCCGCUGCCGGGCUCGACCAACUACACCGUCUUCCCGACCGCCGCGCAGCUCGGCCGCAUGGACUGGGUCGGCGGCACCGAGGACCUGUUCCAGUUCACCGCCGUGGGCACCGAGGCCGACACCGAGGAGAGCAUGAAGGCCCUGAUCGCCCGGUCGAUCGACAACCUGAUCGAGGCCGGCACGCUGGCCAGGCCCGAGGGCGGCCGCGGGCUGACCUUCUCCAUCUUUGCCAACCACGGCAAGAUGCACGCGCGCGUCUCGGCCGACGAGCUGCGCGCCGGCUUCGUCCAGCAGCAGUACGCCCUGCAGGGCCGCCGGUCGACCUACUACACCGGCGCCGCCUUUUCGGCCGGCUUCUCCACGGUGCUGUGGGUGUACAACGAUGUGCUGCUGCCCAAGGUCAUUGAGGGUAUCUGA